AUGCCGGCAGUCCGCCCACAUCGCACCGGGCCCUGGGCCCGUGUGUUGGCGCUGCGGGGGCUGAGGCCUGUCCGCCGCCCGCAGGCCAAGAUCAAGGCCCGAGACCUGCGCGGGAAGAAGAAGGAGGAGCUGCUGAAGCAGCUGGAGGAUCUGAAGGUGGAGCUGUCGCAGCUGCGCGUGGCCAAAGUGACCGGCGGGGCCGCCUCCAAGCUGUCCAAGAUCCGUGUGGUGCGCAAAUCCAUUGCCAGAGUGCUGACUGUCAUCAACCAGACACAGAAGGAGAACUUGAGGAAGUUCUACAAGGGCAAGAAGUACAAGCCCCUGGAUCUGCGGCCCAAGAAGACCCGGGCCAUGCGGCGCAGGCUCAACAAGCACGAGGAGAACCUGAAGACCAAGAAGCAGCAGCGAAAGGAGCGUCUGUACCCAGCCAGGAAAUUCGCCAUCAAGGCAUAGCCCUGAGCACCUGCGGCUCAGGGCCGGGGGCUGGGGACGGCUCAUUAAAUGGAGUUUGGUUUGGAAG